GGUCACACAGUUAGUUUUAUGAAAAUCGAACGCGCAACAGGUGUUCAAUCGCAAACAACACGCUCGAAUUAAACGAAUCGCCGCGCGGAAAGCGCUCGUCAAGCCAAAGAAAACUCAAGUCGUUAAGCGGAAAAGUAGCAGAGAUACAAUUCAAAACAAAAUAAACAGUGUAUUUUUGGGGAUGCAACCAAAGAUAGUUAGCACCUGUUCGCCAACAUUCCUGCGCUUCGUUCUGCGCAUGCGUGUGUGUUUUAUUUAGUUUUUUUGUUUCGCUUUGUUUACCUAAAACGCGGGUGUUUUAAGGUUUUCGUUUUAAUUUCGUAUUAAGACAAGUGGCUGCUAGAAACAUUCGACAAUUUGCUAGUUACAAUUGCAGCAUAUUUUCAGUUUAACCAAGCCAAGAGCAAGGAAAAAACAACAACAACGACAGCACUAGCAGCAGCAGCAGCAUAAACAUAAACCAAAAAAACCGGUUAAAGCGGACAAGAGUGAGAAAGGCGCCCCAAAAGAGCAAGCGGGACAAACACAUAAAACGUAAAAACAAAUACAACGAAAUAAAAAUAGGGAAAAACAAAAUAAACGAAAUCAAAAAGAGGUCCACGGAUUUUCAAUGGUUUUGUUUUGAAACGCAAACAGAAAAUAAGUGUAUUUGUUCUUUGUUUACCCGUGCUAACACCGGAGUUAUCCCUUAUCGGGCGAUCAAAUCGAAAGUGAACGACUAAUUGCCUUUGGUAUUUGGUAUUUCGAUAUUGCCAUUGCCCAAACUCUUUCUUAUCGCCAGACCAGAAAAACAUCUACCUGUUGCAACAACGAUCAUCAACAUCGCCAGGCCAGUCCGGCGAAACACAAACACGCCUUAAAAGCUCUUCAAGAUUUGUGGAUGUUUUCAGAUCUUCUAUAACAUGCUUUUAACCAACGCUUACUGAUUGGUUACAUCAGCAACACUACCCAAAAAUGGCAGCCAGCAACACCAAAUCCUCGAUGGAGCACAGUUCGGAGGGUUGUGAUGAGGUUGACUUCAUAGUGGCCACUCACAACAAUAACAACGAUUAUGAGGAUUUGAGCAGCGUGAGUCAAGCGGUGAUCAACACCAAAGUAGCAACAGCAGCAGCAACAGCAGCAGCAACAGCAACACCAGCAACAUGCACAGCAGCAACACCAAACAACGAACCAAACAGCAACACCCUGAAAAAGGCCAAGGAGCGUCGUACCCUCUUUCAUUUUGGCAGCAGUAGCAGCAAGAAGCUGAGUCAGAGCAAGUCACAAGAUAACCAGGAAACGGUCAGCAAAGAGAAUCCCCCGACGACGACCACGCCUACGUCCCAGGCGCCCCUGCCGCCGGUGCCAAUUGGAACGCCGCCGCGACAGCACAAGUUCGUGAAGAGCAACAGCUUGGCCAGAUUGCUGGGCAAUACCUACAAUGCCAAGAAGUUCGAGAAGCAGGAGCAGAAGCGUCUGGCCAGUUCGGAGGGAGGCAAGUUUAACACUUACAGUGGAAGGCGUGGUCGAGCGGGUCCCUAUCUAGAGCGUUUCAAGCGGGUGUCCAAAGAGGACGGCGAUGUAGCCGGCGAAGAUGACUCUGUGAGGGUCACAAAUGUCAUAACCUUGACAACGGACUCCCGAGACUUGCUCUACGGCAGCCGGCAGGAGCACGUAGGUCGAACUGGUGGUCAUGACCAGAACGAUCAGCUGAGUUCCAAGGCCAUUCGCACGCUUACCCGGAGUUUGGGUAAACUCUGGCGACGCACCCACAGCGUUGAUAUCAGCACUCCGGAUCCGGAGUUUAAGGUUUCCUAUUUGGGGAAUGUCCUGACAGGCUGGGCCAAGGCAGGUGAGGGUUGUGUGGAGAAGCAGCUGAACACAUUGUGGCGGAACUAUACCCAGCACUCCAAACCAGACGUGAUAAUGCGACUGAAGGUUUGUGCCUCGGGAUUGAAAGCCACCACCCGGCAGCACGGCCUGACGGAGUACUGGGCCCACAGGAUCACCUACUGCUGUGCACCGAAGAACUAUCCGCGGGUCUUCUGCUGGAUCUAUCGUCACGAGGGCAGAAAGCUAAAGCACGAGCUACGCUGUCAUGCGGUGCUCUGCAGCAAGGAGAAGAUCGCCCAGGACAUAUGCGAUACUUUGAGAGAAAACCUAGAUAGCGCUUUGCGCGAAUUUAAACGUGAGAAAAUUCUGAAGCAAAACGCUCGCUUGAGUUUGGCCAAUGCCGUCUACGACAAUCCGAGCUUGCCGCGCCGCAAGAUCAUGCUGAGCGUGGGCGGCAACAAUUACCGACCGCCACUGGAACGCUCCAAGUCGGCGCCCAAAUUAAUGGCCAUCGAAGAGGCCAUUGGCGAGGAGGAGGGCGAUGAGAUCGAGGACACCAAUGAACCAGAGAUGAUGCCCUGCUGUCAAAAGGAUUCCCUUUAUCCGGCCAUGACACUGGGCAGACGUCGUUGUCGUCGUGGACACUCCAUUCGGCGAACGGGCAAGAUUCAGGCAUUCUCGCCCUGCUGCAGUUCGCAUAUGGCAAAGGAGCUGCCCCAAGAGGAGUUGCCCAAGAAGAUGGUGGCUGCAAGCAGUCCAGCUAACGAUGGUUCUGAUUCCGAUGACUUUGAGAAGCUUCUGAAGUUCGAUACAACUCUGAGCAACGAGUUGUUGCCGUACUUCGACAUGCAACUCCACAAGAACAGCAGCCAAAGCAUGGUGAGCCUCAGCGAUCUGAAGGAGGAGGAGGGCGAGCCAUUGAGUCUGCUGCCCACCAUCAACAGCGAUCCCAGCGCUGAUCCAGAGGCGGACUACAACUCUGAGGAUCAUGAUGUGCCUGCAACGCGUCGCAAUGGCGUCUGCAGUGAUGGGGAAGAGGACUUCAUGGACGAUGCCGAUGAUCAUUACUUCCGGCAUGCGGCCAUGCUGACCAUGCUACACCGCAGUUCGAUGAGGAAGAUGAGAGCUGGCGAUCAGGCCAACCUUAAGUACCGCCACCAGGCUCAGUCAUCGAUCUCCUCCAAUGCGUCCAGCUCGACAACGGCCAGUACUUCGGCAGCAGCGGGCGGAGGAUCCGCUCAACAGGGUCUGGCUAGUCCGGACAGCGACGAGGGAUCCAUAUCCAGUGGCUGCGAAACUGCCAGCACAGUCACAAAUGCCAAUCACGAGGAGUACCACAGCAAGCGGAACAGCGAUCCCGGUCAGCUAGAGCAGUCGCCGGACUUGGAGCUAGAGCAGGCACAGGUGCUGGAGCAAAUGAUGAUCUACCAAAGACUGGAGCAGCAGCUGCGGAACAAUAGCGGCGAUGCCACCAAUUACAGCAGCUCCAGCAGCAUCACGCUGAAGCGCAGCAAUUCCGGCAGCGAUGACUUGAACAAACAGGAGAGGAGCGACCAUCCGGCUGAAGACUCCGACAGCGAUGAGAGUGGCUAUGUGGAGUUUCAGGAGAAGGAGAGACACGUGCAACAGCCGCUCAUUAGCGAGGCAAGCGUAACUCUGGCCAAGAUUGCAACUGUUAAGCCGAAGAUUCCACCAAAGCCGGCACCACGUCGUUCGCUUAGCCUCAAUGCGGCCACCGUCGCCUCAGCGGACUCAUCCGCUGGCAAGGCUCCGGGCACGGCAGUCUGAGGGAAAUGCUUUAAUCACAACGGAACCCGUCUACAAAUUGUUAUUUCUGCACACCCGUCAGCGACCAUAAAUAGCAAAACACAAAAGUGCAAGAAAUUGAAAUCCUAGUUAUAGGUUAGCCAUUAGCACUUAGUCGUUAAGUCAUUUGUUGUUGGUUCAUCGAGAGGAAAACCUAACGAUAUUUUCCCCAUUUCCCAUUCCCAUUCAUCAUCUGUGCCCCCCCUGCUAUUCCAAAAAUAAUGAAUUUAUAUUGUACGCAUUUGUAAAUAAAUUAGACGCCCUAAGCACUGCAUGUACUAUAUAUAUUUACACGAUUUGUAAUUUGAUGAACUGUAUCUUACGUACCAAUAUAAAUUAUUAUCUGAA